AUGGACGUCGCCGAAGAAAACGCUGAGGAAAAAAUUCAACAGGAGACUCGAGGAACUGAUGAAAACGAAACAAAAGAGGAAGACCCAAAAAGAGAGAUUACACAAACGGAUCAUCUCAAUCGAAGGCUGUUGGGUGCAUUUUUGGCGAGACUAAAUAGCUCCGAAUCAACUGGAGUUUUACCCUCUAACAACCUUCCACAAAUGGACAUUUAUGAGGACGAGGAUUUUGAAACAGAUGAAAACUGUACAGACAAUCGGCUUUUUAAAGAGAAGAACAUAAGUGAAGCACCUAAAAGUAGUUAA